GAAAAUAAAACAUAAAAUAAAAAAACCCCCAAAAAACCCAAUAAUAAUUAAAACAACGCAGGAACAAUUUUCACAGAUUCAUUGACAAGAGGCAUCGUCGGGAAAACAGAAGACAAAAUCAAAGGCACAGUUGCUGACACUGACAACCAGAAUAUACUGGCUCUCAUCUGUAUCCCCCUCUACCGCUCUGUAGCUGGUGGAAUCUGUUUGGCGUGGCGUGGCGUUCCUGUACCGAAGAUCCUUCUUCUCCUCCUCAGCCUCCCGCCAUCUACCCCCUCCCUACCUCUCUACUUCUCUCUGAACGGACCAGGGGGGCAACGGAGGCAUAGAAAAGGAUUGCUGAAUUCCUGUCCUUUUUUCUUUCUUUCUUUUGAUUUUUUCAUUUCGUUUAGCAUAUAUAUAUCUAUAUAUAUCUAUAUAUAUUUUAUUUUACAUGGCGCAGAGGCUAUGCAAGCGAGUCGGUUCUGGGUGUGAUACGACCACUGUGGAUCUGGAUACCCAAGCAGCAUCGACAGCAGUCGAGGCGGGGAGCGGUUCCGGCGGUGCCCCCACCUUCUCCUCCUCAUCUCCCCGGCUCUAUGUCGAGUAAUGGUCGGCUUGCCUUGCUGGAUGCACCCCGCUCUCCCCGGAUCGUCGACGGUAUCUCUUUCGACAGCAGAUCCCCAUUUUCGGCGGAAACCUUCUACGAGCUAGGGGCUACAUAUGGAAACUGGAGAUCAGAAUUUUAGGAAAAAGGAAAACCAGCGGUUGUUUUUUUAUUAUUUGUUUUUUUUUCCUACUUCAUUUAUCCGUCUUUUCAUUUGUUUAUUUAUUUAUUGGGGAUGGUUUCUUCAUUCCUACGUUACUCAAUUAAAUUGAUGUUAGCCUCAUAAUCUUUGAUUUAUCUGUGUAUGUUUAAUCCGUGGCAUUGUUUUCGUUCGUUUAACCGGACUUGUUUCUGUUUAUUGAUAUUUUUGUUCAAUAGAUUUAUCCCGACCCUUCAUUUCCCCGUCCCCGUUCUCUUCCCGUUUUCCCAGCGUAAUUAGAAGUAGAGACAGACACGUUUACGAUUUACAAAUACCUCGGCAAAAUCUGUCAGGUUAAAGGAUUCUUACCCCGAAAUGUACGCGUACGGGCAGACAAACAAGUGAUAUCAUUCGUUUACCGUCUUUCCUAAAAAAUAUUGACGUAAAAUUGUAGCCCAUAUGAGCCUGCCAUUAUUCCAACCUCACCCCACCCCCUCCUCGCGACCAUUUAACGUGAAUUCAACGCUUUAAUCAGAGCCGUACUUAGCUGCACAUAUGUACACAUCAACGUACAGCCUGCCGCUAAUGUGCGUGAAUUAAAUUGUUAAUAUUGCGACUAAACAGACAAAUUGAUGCCUCGUUCCAACAAUCUGCCUUUUACGAACGCCCUUCGACCAUUCGAAGUGCAUCUGGUUUGAUGUUUACCAAGGUUUUUGCUUUUUUAUUUUAAACCACACUUCACUUUCAAUGGUUGUUAAUACUGAAUAGCCAAUAUUAGCCUGUAGCCUCUUGGAAUUAACAGCUUUUCGUAGACACAGUUGUAGACGGUAUAGCUGUACAAGAAAUACCACAGAUUAGCGGCUGCCAUAGCCAGUAAUCUCGUCGUUUGGAAUAGCAUUGAUUAAGAAAGCAAGCAAGCACGGAUAACAAUCAUUCCUUCCCUUCCACCGCAUUUACACUUUCCAUAUUUUUCUCUUUUCUUGUGCUCACUCAGUCGCAACCAUACGGUUCCUUCCACGCACUCCCCCCUCCCCCUCCUUUCAAUCAAACAUAUCCCAUUUUCUUAGUUUGGUUUGGUCCCGUCAAUUUUCAAAUAUUUAUUUCCUCUACGUGAAGAGGAAAGGGGGCCCCCCUUUCAUGGAAUGCGGAAAUAUGGGCCUGUUUGACCGCGGAGUUCAGAUGCUGCUGACCACUGUCGGCGCCUUCGCCGCGUUCAGUCUCAUGACCAUCGCAGUGGGGACGGACUACUGGCUCUACUCCCGCGGCGUGUGCAAGAUCAAGUCGGUCAGCGAGAACGAGACCAGCAAGAAGAACGAGGAGGUCAUGACCCACUCGGGACUGUGGAGGACGUGUUGCUUGGAAGGCAACUUCAAGGGGUUGUGUAAACAGAUAGACCACUUCCCCGAGGACACGGACUAUGAAGCGGACACCUCAGAGUACUUUUUACGUGCGGUGCGAGCCUCCAGCAUCUUCCCCAUCCUCAGUGUGAUCCUGCUCUUCAUGGGGGGGCUGUGCAUCGCCGCCAGCGAGUUCUACAAGUCCCGCCACAACAUCAUCCUCAGCGCCGGCAUCUUCUUCGUGUCCGCAGGCCUGAGCAACAUCAUCGGGAUCAUCGUCUACAUAUCGGCCAACGCGGGCGACCCCUCCAAGAGCGACUCCAAGAAGAACAGCUACUCGUACGGCUGGUCCUUCUACUUCGGGGCGCUGUCCUUCAUCAUGGCGGAGAUGGUGGGCGUGCUGGCGGUGCACAUGUUCAUCGACCGGCACAAGCAGCUGCGGGCGGGCUCCCGCGCCCCCGACUACCUGCAGAGCUCGGCCAUCACCCGGAUCCCCAGCUACCGCUACCGCUACCGCCAGCGCUCCCGCUCCAGCUCCCGCUCCACGGAGCCCUCGCACUCCCGCGACGCCUCGCCCGUGGGCCUGAAGGGCUUCGGCGCGCUGCCGUCCACCGAGAUCUCCAUGUACACGCUCACCCGGGACCCGCUCAAGUCCGCCGGCACGCCCACCGCCACCUACAACUCCGAGAGGGACCACAACUUCCUGCAGGUGCACAACUGCAUUCAGAAGGACCUGAAGGACUCCGCCAACACAGCCAACCGCCGCACCACGCCCGUAUGA